AUGUCGGGUCUACCUUUCUCACUGGGGCUGACUGCCAGCUCCAACUUCAGCGGAUCCAACGAUUUCGUCAAGAAACUAUUCCAGAUGCUACAGGAAGACGGCUACAAGGAUGUCGUCCGAUGGACUCACAAUGGUGACAGCUUUGUGGUGCUAAACACCAACGAGUUCACCAAGGAGAUUUUGCCCCGCCAUUUCAAGCACAGCAACUUUGCCAGUUUCGUCAGGCAGUUGAACAAGUACGACUUCCACAAGGUCAAGGUGUCCACGGAGGAAAAACAAAACUAUCCGUAUGGAGAAGAUGCAUGGGAGUUCAAACAUCCCGACUUCAGAAUCAACGACCUCGACUCGUUGGAGAACAUCAAGCGUAAGGGCCCCAGCAACAAAAAGGGGCCCUCGGUGAAUGGUGCAGAGGCCAGUCUGGCACCCCUCAAUUCUGGCCAGAGUAUCAGCCAUAUCUCUGCAAACCAGCAGUACAUGAAAGAACAAAUAGAAUAUUUGCAGGCAGAUAACAAGGCGUUACAGAAAGAAAUCAGUGUUUUGCAAACCAAGUAUAAAACAAUCAUAGAAAGCAUAGUGGCAUUAAACACUGUUGAUGAAAGAUAUCACCGGUCCAUGAACAUCUUGAUAAACUGUCUUGUUCAAGCAGGAAUAAAAUUACCUCCAUUGGAUUUCCCCAAUCCAUCUUUGGUGAGUCUUCAAGUUCCUCAACAUAACUUACUGCCUAGUUUGUCUGGCCAAUUGCCUCAGGUUUUUACUACCAAUUUGGUCAAUCCAAAAUUCCACGUUUUAUUGGUGGAAGAUGACAAUGUUUGUAUCCAAUUGUGUCGAAAAUUCUUGGUCAAAUAUGGUUGUCAAGUCACUGUUGCUACAGAUGGACUUAAUGCUAUAUCUACGGUUGAGCACACCAAGUACGAUUUGGUAUUGAUGGAUAUCGUGAUGCCUAAUCUUGAUGGUGCAACUGCAACAAGCGUCAUCCGGUCGUUUGAUACGAAGACCCCGAUAAUCGCUAUGACAGGAAAUAUCGAAGAUAACGAUUUGGUCAACUACUUGCAAAACGGAAUGUCUGAUAUUUUGGCCAAACCAUUCACUAAGGAUGACUUAUACUCUAUCUUGGCUAAACAUUUAUUGACUGAUGAAAUGAAGGCAGCAAACAACAAUGGGUCUGCCGAACCAACAACCAAUAUCUCCGAUACCGCUAACAGCAAAGCUAACCCUUCACCAGGACUUAAUACCCUUCAACCUGGUCAGCAGGAUAUUAUUUUAACCCAGCCUAUAAAACAGGACCCGGAAGUCGUUGCCAAAAAACAACGACUACUGUAAAUGGCA